GACGACACGCAGCUGGACUCCUUGGUUGACGAUGUCAUUGGCCAGCUCAUGUCCAAGGACAUGCUGUACCAGCCGCUCAAGGACCUGGAUGUCGAAUACCCAAAGUACUUGGAGAAGAAUAAGGACACGCUGUCCAAGGAGGACUGCGAGCGGUACGAAAAGCAGCACGGGUAUGUCAAGCAGAUCCUGGAAAUGUUUGAC